GUCUAGGUAUCCUACUGGACAGGCAUUCAUGAAAUUUCCCCGGUCUUGGACACAAGCGGGUGGUGAAGCCUUGUUCGUGAUGGAUAUGCGUUAUCUCCACGAAUUUACGCGGCAGCUAUUCAAGUAGCCAGGAACCAGCUCAUGUCAUGACAUCGGACGUUGGAUCGAGGAAAAUUUAUGAUCUAUCUACUCAACAGAUCUUAACCACAUGUCAUCUCGCCAGCCAUCUCCCUGGAGGGAAAAUUUGGGUGUUCACUCCUUUCCUUCUGUCAUACAGCGUAAUGGGGAUGGUGUUCAAGUGGGAUAAGGUAUUGACGGGAGCUACUGCGUCGGUAUCAGUCCUGUCGGCUGGCCUUAACCAUUCAUCACUUUUCUUUUCCCUUCCAAACGAUAAAAUGAGUAUGAAAUGAGGACUUGGCUAUACUGACCGAUCCCAAACAGUGAAUCAC